AUGGCCGAGGGAGAAGAUAUUCAACCACUUGUUGUCGAUAAUGGAACUGGAAUGGUCAAGGCUGGUUUUGCUGGUGAUGAUGCCCCACGAGCGGUUUUCCCAAGUAUAGUUGGUCGUCCACGGCAUACUGGCGUGAUGGUUGGGAUGGGGCAAAAGGAUGCUUAUGUAGGUGAUGAGGCUCAAUCCAAAAGAGGUAUUCUAACACUAAAGUACCCGAUCGAGCAUGGUAUAGUCAGCAACUGGGAUGACAUGGAGAAAAUCUGGCACCAUACGUUCUACAAUGAGCUUCGUGUGGCUCCAGAGGAGCACCCGGUUCUGCUCACAGAGGCACCUCUCAACCCGAAGGCCAAUAGAGAGAAAAUGACUCAGAUCAUGUUCGAGACCUUCAAUGUGCCGGCUAUGUAUGUUGCUAUCCAGGCUGUGCUUUCGCUGUAUGCCAGUGGGCGUACAACUGGUAUAGUUCUCGACUCAGGUGAUGGAGUGAGCCACACGGUCCCAAUUUAUGAGGGCUACGCCCUCCCACACGCCAUCCUGCGUCUGGACCUUGCUGGCCGUGACCUCACUGACUUCCUCAUGAAGAUCCUGACGGAGAGAGGCUAUAUGUUCACGACCACCGCCGAGCGGGAAAUAGUCAUCACUAUAGGGGCCGAGAGGUUCCGCUGCCCGGAGGUCCUCUUCCAGCCGUCGUUGGUCGGGAUGGGAGCUUCUGGAAUUCACGAGACGACAUAUAAUUCCAUCAUGAAGUGUGACGUGGAUAUCCAUAAGGAUCUUUAUGGAAAUGUCGUGCUUAGCGGGGGGUCCACCAUGUUCCCGGGGAUCGCAGAUCGUAUGAGCAAGGAGAUAACUGCUCUUGCUCCCAGCAGUAUGAAGAUAAAGUCGCCGUCACCGAGAAAAUUAAGGUGCUGCCGUCUGUCACUCCGUCACUGCUCGUCUGCCGCCGCCACCACCGCUCUUAUGCGCGCUCUCCAGACAAUGCCGCUGCUGUCUGUCACGCCGCCGACGUAUUCACGCUGUCUGUCAUUCCAUAUGCCGCUGUCGUUCUCACGCCGCCGCCGUCCUCAAUCCGUCGUCCGCCGCCAUUUAACUUCCCGGAACGCGACAACCCGACUCUGGCCGACUACAACUGCCACAUGCCUGGCCGAAACCAUCGGGGAUCCGUCUCGCUGCCGAAAGUCGAAAGAGGUGGAGCUCGGGUUUGCCGCCAUUAAUAUUGCCGCCUCUGACAUCCUCCUCCACCGGGAAGCGCCGUCGCACACCGGCCGCCGUCGUCCCCCUCGUCCUUACUUCAAUUCGAUGAUCAAGGUGCAGCAACCAGUAGGAGCUCGACAGUCAUUGAUGGAGGGUAUAGUUCUCGACUCAGGUGAUGGAGUGAGCCACACGGUACCAAUUUACGAGGGCUACGCCCUUCCCCACGCCAUUUUGCGUCUGGACCUCGCCGGUCGUGACCUCACUGACUUUCUCAUGAAGAUCCUGACGGAGAGAGGCUACAUGUUCACGACCACCGUCGAGCGGGAAAUAGUCCGAGAUGUGAAGGAGAAGCUCGCCUACGUGGCCCUCGCUUCGACCAGGAGCUCGAGACCGCCAAAAACAGCUCAGCCGUCGAAAAGAGCUACGAGCUGCCCGACGGGCAGGUCAUCACUAUAA